AUGGGAACACAUGCAUUCACUGGAAUAUGUUUAAAUAUGUUUUCUUUCGCUCAACUUACAACUUAUUAUACUGACGGUAUGAUGCUCUAUCGAGUAAAUAUCCUUCCUCCUUCGGUUUCCUCUCAAUAUUUUCAACUUAAUGAAUUUUUGGAGUUUAUUGUCCAUGUAAUUAUGAUACAAUUUUUUCUUUUUAUUUCUCAUUUUAGUAGGAUAAAAAUGAGUUCACUGCAAGCUGCAUGUCUGAUUGAUACAAAAUUGCAAAAGACUUGCAAAACAUUUUAUUACAAAUUGCGCACAAAUUAUUUUGUCCACUUGAAAACGAUUACCCUACUUUGCGGAGUCAAAUUUAGUCAAAAAUCAAUUCUUUGUGGGAAUGGAACAAAAAUGUUUUGGUGGUCUAAAGAACUCAUAACAAUGAAUUGCUUCAUCCUUUGGUUGGUAACAAAACGACAACCUCUAUAUGGUGUUAAAAAAAAACGUGUGUCGGUAAAGCUAAGUAAAAAUACUUGCGGAUGCUGCCAUGCAUUAGCAAAUGCUUUUCAAUUUUUAACCAUUUUUGUAGUCAUCGCACCUUUUAAGAUCUGCCAUGACAAGGGCUUCUGUAUUAAAACCCUUCAUUUUUUGAGCGUUUUAUUUGAGAAGAAUAAACAUAAUAAUAUUCUAUCCUAUGAAAAGAUACUUUUGGAGAAGCAAAAAAGAUUUUUAGAGUUAUAUCCUAUGAGCAUUUUGGUUGACUGA